AUGGAUCCGUGGUUUCACCGCUCAAAGCCACCCUCAAAUACUUUCUAUGAGGACUCUCUCUCACGUCCGAACUUGCUUCUUUCACUGACUCGCUUUCCCGGCUUCCGCCUUUGCUCAUCCGUCGCGGCUGGCUUUUCAUUAACCCGCGAUCCACUGAUAAGCCUCGGCGAUGCCCAAGGUGGUCCACUUAGCGCUGCCCAUGUUACGGCCCACAAUGGCUAA